AUGGCAACGCUACGAAGCUAUCUCGGCGCAUUUCGAGCGAUCAUCGAAGGGGGCGGUGGCCUUUCGCGACCCCAUCUUCAAAAGGACUUGAGGCAAACAUGGAGGCGAUCCUUCACUAGUAGCCAUGUGGCGAAAGCCUGGCUUCAGCAGGCACGAUUCAGAAGUGGGAGGCUCGGACCGUCUGCGGCCAAGGGCAUGUUCAGCGAUGCUGCACAGUUCAGCAGGGCCAGACAGUCGGGAUCGACAUUUACAAGCCCCUUGCGGCGAAUGUUUCACUCCUCCAAGUCGAGGUGGUCGCAGGCCGCCCCAAAUGCAGAGGCCACCCAGUCACUCUCGCUGGGCCAGCGCUUGAAGAAGCUCUCAAGAGAGUACGGGUGGUCUGCUGUUGGCGUCUACUUUGCCCUGAGCGUGUUGGACUUCCCAUUCUGUUUCCUGCUUGUAAGAGCGGUGGGCACGGACAGGAUCGCUGAACUCGAGGAGUGGGUGAUGGGCAAUGUCUCCAAAGUCAUCCCGCAAGGGGUCAAGGACUGGUGGCAUGAGUACCGCGGGGCCCUCAAGACCGCAGAAGCCAAGGAGCUUGGGGACAACAGGAUCAGCGAAGACAUCGAGAAGGCAGGUUGGGGCGUCAAGGAGGCGCAGGAGGCGCACAAAUCGGAAGCUAGUAAGCAUUCACCGUACCCCCUAGACAAUCUCGUCGAGCGCGGCGUCGCUAACUGCUGCACAGGUCUGGCCACCCAGCUAGCUUUAGCCUACGCUAUUCACAAGAGCUUCAUCUUCCUCCGAGUCCCCCUCACCGCUGCCAUCACCCCCAAGGUGGUCAAGGUCUUGCGCUCAUGGGGUUGGCAGAUCGGCAAGCGCCCCGUAAAGGCUGCAAAGGCUGCAAAGCGGAUGGAGAUUAACUCUUCCUACGACCUGACCGUUGGCGCCACGUUUCCUCUAGUCUCUGUUGGCGUCGAUUGUUUGCCCAUUGAGGAAGGAGAUUGCGCUCUUGCGCCCGACUACUCGUCCUGUUUUAUAGCCCGAAACCGCGGUGGCGCCUUUCUCGUGGCUCGCUAUCUCUAG